CCAGCCCAGCCUGGAAUCCGAGCGGCGCCGCUUCCUGCUCGCCCGAGGCGGAAGAGAAGGCACAGCCGCGGCCGCCGCCCAGCCCCGAACCCGCCGCCAUGGACAGCCGGGGUCGGCGGGUGGUGGUCUGCGACAACGGCACCGGGUUUGUGAAAUGUGGCUACGCCGGUUCGAAUUUUCCUGAGCACAUUUUCCCAGCUCUGGUGGGACGUCCUAUUAUUCGGUCCAGCGUUAAGGUUGGCAACAUUGAGAUCAAGGACCUCAUGGUGGGCGAUGAUGCCAGCAAGCUGCGUUCCAUGUUGGAGGUGAACUAUCCCAUGGAGAACGGGAUUGUGCGCAGCUGGGAUGACAUGAAAUAUUUGUGGGACUACACCUUUGGGCCCGAGAAACUCAACGUUGACCCCCGCAACUGUAAGAUUCUGCUCACAGAGCCGCCCAUGAAUCCCACCAAGAACCGAGAAAAGAUCAUUGAGGUUAUGUUUGAAACAUACCAGUUUGAUGGUGUCUAUAUUGCAAUCCAAGCCGUCUUGACUCUUUAUGCUCAAGGUCUGCUGACCGGGGUGGUGGUGGACUCUGGGGACGGGGUCACUCACAUCUGCCCCGUCUACGAGGGCUUUUCAUUGCCCCACCUCACCCGCCGGCUGGAUAUCGCAGGGCGCGACAUCACACGCUACCUCAUCAAGCUCUUGUUACUUCGCGGCUACGCCUUCAACCACUCGGCUGAUUUUGAGACGGUCAGGAUGAUGAAAGAGAAGCUGUGUUAUGUUGGCUACAACAUUGACCAGGAACAGCAGUUAGCCCGCGAGACAACAGUGCUGGUGGAAUCCUAUACGCUGCCAGACGGGCGUGUGAUCAAAGUUGGGGGGGAACGCUUUGAAGCCCCCGAAGCGCUGUUUCAGCCUCACCUCAUCAACGUGGAAGGGGUGGGAAUGGCUGAGCUUCUCUUCAGCACCAUCCAAGCUUCUGCUGUGGACACUCGGGCAGAGUUUUAUAAACAUAUUGUUCUUUCGGGAGGCUCCACCAUGUACCCCGGACUGCCAUCCCGCCUGGAGCGUGAGAUCAAACAGCUGUAUCUAGAACGGGUGCUAAACGGGGAUGUGCAAAAACUGUCGAAAUUCAAGAUUCGCAUCGAGGACCCCCCACGCCGAAAACACAUGGUAUUCCUGGGGGGAGCCGUCCUCGCUGACAUCAUGAAAGACAAGGAGAGCUUCUGGCUGCAACGGUCCGACUACCUGGAAAAGGGGACCCGGAUUCUUGAGAUGCUCGGAGUGCCAAUGCGAUAGGACAGGAAGAUGGCUCCUCAUCCUGGUCUUUCCUUGGACCUUAAUGCCCAAUUCCAAUCCCCUUUCCCUUCUCCUUUCUUUCUUCUUCAGCAAUCGUAACGCCGAGUAUUUUUUUAAGGGGGUGUUGCAGCCUGACAGCCUGUUUUUGGCUCUUUCCUUCCCCUUUUAAGCUGCUAGUCCUCUGCAAGGGGACAGGGAGAACGGUCCCAAGGAAGCGCUAAAUCACCCUCCCUUGAAAUUUCAAAGGCUUGCUUUUCUCCAAUGCAGCUCAGGCUGUCAACCUUGGCUCCGGGAAUUCAUUUCUAUCCUGUCCUUUAGAGAAAAACAAAUUUUUAGGCCUUGCAGACAGGAGAGAAAUGAACACACUCCUGUAUUUUCACCUAACAACUCAGGGAUGCUGGGGAUAUACUGGUCAGUUUUUUUUCCUCCAAAAUAAUUCUCCUUUCCCCUCGCCAAGCCCCUUUUUUAUCUUCCUCCACUUCAAAGACCAAAAAAAGUUGCUUUUGGCUCAGGACCAAAGAUAAACCAGUUCUGCUUGCUUGCAAGGCGUAAGUUCUGCCUUUUUUCUGGAUCAGGGUAACUUUCUGAAGAAAGACCUUUGGAAGGGGGGUGUAUCGGCAGCAAACCAGCUAUGAAAGAUAAUUUGAGCCCGCCCUGAGAGAGAUCUGUGCCCUUCACAAAAGAUUGUGUUGCUUGAAAUGUAAUUCAUCCCCUCCCCAGCUUCAUUUUUUAAAUAAAAAAUUAACAUUC